GGAGAAGCGUAAAGCAAAGGCACUACUGUGACUCACCCCACACUUUGUGGCCACGUCCACUCCAAUUUUCCCUUUUCAUCACGCGCCGGAGGUAAAAUACCAAGGAGGAGAAAGGGGGAAAAUCGUACGGAUUCCGAUCUCAAUCUCCCUGAAACCUAGAUGCACUCAAUUACCAAUCUCUUUCAACCCUGUUUAUCAGAUAAAAAGUGAUCGGUGCCCAAAGCGUGGGAGAUGCAGAGGCAGAGUCCGCCGAAGCACAGGCACGAUGGGACCUCGCCGUUGCCUUUGGGCAUGGAUUGGAGCCCUCCGCCCCGUAGUUGGGCUGGACGAGAAACCAUUUGGCCUCACGAUCCUCGCUCAGGGUGGAGUUACUGUGUUACAGUGCCUUCAUGGAUUGUACUUGCAAAGUCAAGAGAUUCUGACCCGACAGUGUUUUACAGGGUACAAGUUGGCUUGCAGUCACCAGAAGGGAUUACGACCAUAAGAACUGUGUUAAGAAGAUUUAAUGAUUUCUUGAAGUUGCAUGCUGCUCUUAAACGAUCCUGUCCUGGGAAAAAUAUCCCACCAACUCCACCCAAGGGAUUGCUGCGAAUGAAAACUAGGGCGAUGCUGGAAACGAGAAGGGGUUCUUUAGAAGAAUGGAUGACAACGUUACUAUCAGACAUCGAUUUGUCAAGAAGCCUUGUUGUUGCAUCCUUUUUGGAACUGGAAGCUGCUGCUCGUUCAGCAUUCCAGGAAGACAGUCAACCCAGUUCGGUUGCACACACGCCUCCAAGCGCAACGGACCCAGCACUUCGUGUUCUCGAAAACUCAAGCCUUCCCGUGCCAGCUGGCAGUACAUCUCUGGCAUCGGAUUAUGGCAGUGAUACAGCUUACGAGACAUCUGAGAUUGGCAGCCCAAGCCUUACUGCCGAUCUCGCAAGGGAUAACAGCUCUGAACUUGGUUUAGAUGACUUAUCAUUUUACAACGACAUAACGAGUCAAGUGGAUAAGUUUGUGAAGCAAGGCAUGUUAAAUAUCGACGAGGGCUUGUCCAUGGGACAUAGCAUUAUGGAGAAGCUGGAAAAUUUCCCGAGGCAUAAAUUGAACUCGACGGUGGUUCACUAUAAUGCGGAACGUGAUAUGAGCAAUGGAAGUCCUUCUAAAGCCUCUAGGUCUGAGCCAGACCGUGUACCCCACCAUGUCAGGAAGCUGUCGAGCGAGAGUAUUGGGAGCGAUAGGAGUUCUGAUAGGGGAAGUGAGCUAUCAAAUUCGGCAUUUCCGAACUCCAACGGGCUUGGGCUUAUUGAUUACAGAAGUGGGCCCGAGAACUCGAGAAGAGGUCCUGCCAGUGACUUUGAAAUGCUGCUAUCUGAUGAUGUACAGUUGUUGGUCCCAAUGGAUCAGCGCCAGAAAGUGAAUAGAGUAUUCAUGACAUUGCAGCGUAGGCUGACCACGGCCAAGACUGAUAUGGAGGAUCUUAUAUCGAGGUUGAACCAAGAAAUUGCAGUGAAGGACUACCUUUCGACAAAGAUUCUACUCUCCGAAGUAUUAGCGAGUUUGAUCUCUUGUGGGACUGAGCUUAAAUUGCAAUUGCCUGCUCAAAGUUAUCUCGUUGGAUGGGUGAAGGAUUUGGAGGUGGAGCUCGAAACUACUAAACAAAAAAGUAAAGAAAAUCUUGAACAAGCUAUAUUAAUCGAACAGGAAAGAGUGACCCAGAUGCAAUGGGAUAUGGAAGAACUCAAGCAGAGGUCAAUGGAACUGGAGCUGAAGUUAAAAUCAGAACAGGCCCACAGGUUGGACACUCACUCUACCAAUUCAUAUGAUCAACCGAAAGAUUUGGUGUCCCAUGAAUUAAUUUCCACAAAACAGCAAUAUGAGGACUUGUUUAAGCGACAUCAGGAGCUGGAACUGAAGUCCAAAGCUGAUAUCAAAGUACUUGUGAAAGAAGUUAAAUCUUUAAGAGCUUCGCAUGCAGAAUUGACUAAACAACUCGAUCAGUCGCGCGUAGAAAAAUCCAAAGUAGAGGAACAACUCCAAGAAGAAAGAGCAGAAAACGAGCAAACAAGAACAUCUUGGAGAGAGUUUCUGAAUAAAUUUAAGUCUCUUCACGAGCAGCUUCAGGAGUGUCAUAUUAAUAACCUAAAGCAAACUCAAGGAGAUGAUGACAUACUAAAAACUGUUUCAUCUUUCUCCAAUCCCAUUGAUACUAUAGGCACAUCCAAUGACCAGAUAAGCCUUCUCAUUUCCAAGGUUCAGCAUUUAGCUCAGGAAUGUGAUGAUUCAGCCUCGACAACUGAUACAGUUGACGAGCUGGACAAUAAAGCAAGUUCUUUAAAAGAGGAGUUGAGGCAGCUGCUAGCACGCAUCUUAGUCGAUAAUGGCGUGUUAAGAAAACAGGUGAACUCGCUUAUUGUUCGGGCUCUUAAAGUGAACCAAUCAAAUGACAAAGGUGAAAACGAAUGUCAUUUGGCUGUAGAUGUAAAGAGUGAGUUACGCAGUUCCAAUCAUAGACCUAACCACAAGAGAUUAGAGCUUCUAAAUCCCCUCAGAAAAAAGUAUGAGCCCUCGUAUUCUGUCAGAUCAGUUCUAGACAGCAGGACACCCUCGAGCAUAAACGACAAUGGGGCCACCGAGCCUGCAAGGAUUCUCCUCGAGAAACUAUUCGCCCAGACACAAAAGCUUGAGGAGCAAAUAGGGCUGGAUCCGAACUCACCCCAAGCAGCCGAGCUUGGCUUGAACUUGGUCAAGCUGGAGUCAGAUCUUCAGGUGGCCCUCUCAGCAUUGAAAAGGAAGGACGAAAACCUUCAGGAAGCCGAGAGGAAAGUCUUGUAUGAGAUCGAUGAGCUGAAUAUUGCCAGGCGAGAUUUAGAGAGACGAGAGGAGGAAAUUGCUACUGCCAGGCAGAAACAGGGAAAGCUAGAAGACGAGCUUAGGCUAGCGAAUUUGGAGUUAGCUUCUCAAGCUGCAGAAAUUGGGAAUCUUAAGAUUAGCUUGAAGGAGAGAGAGAAGGAAAUUUUGGAUCUGCAAUCAGUACUGUUGUGCAAAGAAGGGGAAAUCGUGAAGAUGGAGCAUGAAUUGAUGAGCAUGAGCGAAAGAGCUGCGGUUUUUGAAUUAGAGCUCGUGUCCAAGUCGAGACUCGUGGAGGAAACCAAUAAAAUUGUUGAGAAGCAAAAAAUUGAGCUCGGGAGGCUCCAGAGCGAAAUCCGGAAGAAGGAGAGUGAAUUAGAAGUUUCGAUUGGAUUACAGAAAAGCGAAUCCGAGAAGUUGAAAGCUGCAGAGGCUAAGUUAAAGAAGCAAGCCACUGAUUGGCUGGUGACUCAGGAAGAACUGAGAAAGCUGACCAACGAGACUUCUAAGCAGGGCAUUGACGCGAAUGAGGCUGUGGAAGAGUUUGGAAGAGUGAGAAAGCUUCUUGUGGACGUGAGGUCCGAGUUGAUUUCGUCCAGGGAAGCUCUAGCUUUGUCAAGGGAAAAAAUGGAAAGUCAAGAUAAGCUGUUGGAAAAGCAGCUUUCGGAACUUGAAGAGCAAAGGAUGACCGUCAUGUCUUACCUGUCGAGCUUAAGAGAUGCCGAAGUUGAAGUGGAGAGUGAAAGAGUGAAACUAAAGAUUGCUGAAGCUCGAAACAAGGAGCUCAAGCGGGAUUUAACAUUGGAAAAGGAGCUUGCUGAGGAGUUAAAGGAGGAGUUGGAUAGAGAGAGAUGCUCUUUAGAACGAGCAGUUCAAGAGAAGUCUGCUCUUCAGGAGGAAAUCGAACGUAAAGUAGCUGCAUUCGAAGAAUUACAGAGGCUUCUUGAGGCUAAAGAGUCGGAAUUAAUCGAGGCAAGGCUUGAAAUCCAGCAUUUGAAGUCCGAACAGUGCUCCCUUCAGCUCGUACUCGAAGCAAAAAACAUGGAACUCUCAGAUGCGAAGAAAAGGUUAGAGGAAGUGAAUAAGGAGAUCUCGGAACUAAAGCGGGUCUUGCUAGACAAAGAAGACGAUCUUAUUCGAGCAAUGUCCAUGCUGAAGGAGAAAGACAAGCAUGUCCAGACAGUGCAGACCGAGCUAAUGGAUGCCAAUUUUAAAUUUUCGGAAGCCAAAUUGGUGGUGGAGAAGAUUGUGAAUCUCACCAAUGAAAUUGUUCAUGACGAAGCAUAUACUGUGCUAAGCCCACUCGAACAAGAAUAUGACGAGUUCUCUACCGGUGGUUUCAAAUGGCAGAUAAAACGGCUCAAAGCUGAACUCGAAUUUACCCGGGAAAGUCUCAGAGCUAAGGAAAUGGAAAUUGUUACGGCACAGAAGGAUCUCGUCAUGAAAGACGAGGAGCUGAGAAUGGUCCUAUCAGAAUUGAAUUCAAGAGAGAAGGAAAUUACUGAGAUGAAGGAAGAAAUUAUGCGUGAAAAUGAAGAUUUGAGAAAACUGUACGCAUUGGCACAGGAGACGAUCGGCGAAAAGAGCGUGGGUGAACUUGCUAUUGAGAAGCUUCAAUUAGAAGCAGCUCGGCUGGAAGUUGAAGCCGCUACAAAUGCACUGUGCAAAAUUACUGAAAUGAGUCGGGAGCUUCUGGGUAAAGCUGGUUCGAGUGUUGAGGAUGACUGUGAUGAAGACCUAGCUGAGGAGGGUGGGUCCAGCAAUGAGUGUCCUGAGGAAGUUAAGUCGGAAGUUUCACGGCUUUUUGCUUUAACUCAACAUCUUGUGAAAGAAGCAGGUAUUGCGGGCAACAUCAGCACGCAAUAGAGGUUUGUUUUAGUUUUCUUGACUUAGAGGUUUAGACAUCUGACUUGGUUUUUAUUUUAUACAGUGGAUAUACGAGGUUUGAUAGAUGUAUUCCUUGUACGAUGAUUUUUCUUUAUGUACACCGUUGUUGCAAGGGUUAAAAUUUGGAUGCUUUGAUGAUUAUUUGGUUUUUUAUAUUUCUGAUCAUGUGUAGGAUGUAAAGAAUCUAAGCAAAAGUCUUUGCUGCUUUUGAAUGUAAUCG